GAACUAUCGAAACAAUCUCUUAUCUCCGAAAACUUUUUUCAAUUUUCCUCACGUUAUCGUUUCUGGAAAUUUGUACGUUCAAAAUCUCCAAAUACUCUUGGGGGAAAAUCGUAAUCCCUUUUUAUGGCGUUAAUCGAUCGAAAUUGAGAAUCAAGAAAAGCUAUUGAAAUGUCAGCGACGACGACGGCGAACACGACGGAGCCAGAUUUGGCGUCUUUGCCUUCUCGCGUCGGCAGGGCGAAUUCCGACGGAAUCAUCGACACAACGCCGUUACUUCCUUCCGGCGUUUCGAGAACCGUGAGCGUUGAUGAAGACAAUGGGAUUCAUCGAUCCGCUAGACGACAAGGUCUUAGGGAGGCAGCGAGGUUCCUUCGUCACGCUGGUAGCCGGAGGAUGAUGCGUGAGCCGUCGAUGCUGGUUAGGGAAACCGCCGCCGAGCAAUUGGAGGAGAGGCAGAGUGAUUGGGCGUAUUCGAAGCCUGUGGUGUUUCUCGACAUUCUGUGGAAUCUUGCUUUUGUGGCGAUCGGUGUCGCUGUUCUGAUUCUCAGCCGCGACGAGCGGCCGAAUAUGCCGUUAAGAGUUUGGGUGGUAGGUUACGGUAUUCAAUGCGGGUUACAUAUGGCGUGCGUGUGCUUUGAGUAUAGGCGGAGGAGGUGGCGGCGUAGGAGAGGCACGCGCCACCGAUCAUCAUCAGCCUCCUCUUCUUCGUCGGAGGAUAGUGGUCCGAGGUUUACGAAUUCAUCGCAGCAAUACGUAUCGUUAGCGCAAUUGGAGGAUAGAGGAAAUACUAGUAAUUCUGCAAAGCAUCUUGAAUCAGCCAACACAAUGUUCUCAUUCAUCUGGUGGAUAAUCGGAUUCUACUGGGUAUCUGCGGGUGGCCAAACACUAUCUAGUGACUCUCCUCAGCUCUAUUGGCUUUGUAUCAUUUUUCUCGGUUUCGAUGUUUUCUUUGUCGUUUUCUGUGUUGCACUGGCUUGUGUUAUCGGGCUUGCAGUUUGCUGCUGUCUUCCAUGUAUAAUUGCAAUCUUAUAUGCUGUUGCCGAUGAGGAGGGAGCAUCGAAAAACGAUAUAGAUCAAAUGCCAAAAUUCAGAUUUAGAAAGAUUGGCAAUGAUGAAAAGCUACCUGGCAAGGCACAGGCAACUUCUGACCGAGGAAUAAUGACAGAAUGUGGAACAGAUUCACCUAUUGAACGCUCAAUUUCUCCAGAAGAUGCGGAAUGCUGCAUCUGUCUCUGUGAAUAUGAAGAUGGAGUCGAGCUAAGAGAACUCCCUUGUAACCAUCACUUUCAUUGCACUUGCAUCGAUAAAUGGCUUCACAUCAAUUCUCGUUGCCCGCUUUGCAAGUUCAACAUCUUGAAGAAUGUAAACGAAGUCUAGUGAGUGUUUAUGGUUUCAGGAUCACCUGAACCAUCCCAGACCAGAAGUUUCAGGUCAAUUCUGGUGCGUGUUUUAGUGUUGUGUUUAGUUAGAACUCUAGAUCGAUGUAUUACAGUCACUAGAGGGAAAAUGGGAAUUCAUCCUUGGACCUCAUUCUUUUUUCUGAACUGUGAAACGAAGCUUUGUGUGUUUCGUUUACUAAUUUUUAAAAAAUUCUAGAAAGCAAA